AUGGCUUAUGAUCGAUAUGUUGCUAUUUGCCAUCCACUGCAUUACCCAAAUCUAAUGAACCUGAAGGUGUGUUCUCGACUCUCUGUUACUUCGUGGUGCUUUGGCCUUUUAGAGUCCUUUCUCUUUCUCGGAUUCAUUUUUCACCAUCAUUUUUGCCAAUCCAAUGUCAUCAACCAUUUAUUCUGUGACCUCAAAUCUCUCAUCAAGUUGUCAUGCAGCAAAACCUGGACCAUCGAGUUAGCCAUUUAUAUUUCUGCCAUACUCUUUGGGAUCUUCCCUCUGGUCUUCAUCCUGUCAAGCUAUAUUUUAAUUCUAUCUGCUAUCCUAAGGAUCCGUGCCAAAGCGGGAAGACAGAAAGCUUUCUCCACUUGCUCAUCUCACCUUACUGUGGUCAUCCUGUUCUUUGGGAUAAUCCUCACAAUGUACAUGAGGCCAAAGUCUGUGUAUUCGACAGAGCAGGACAAGGUGCUGGCUGUCUUGUAUACAUCAUGUAUCCCCACUUUAAACCCCUUCAUUUACAGUUUGAGAAAUAAAGAGGUAAAAGAGGCUCUAAAGAGAAAAAGGGGCGAUACUUUGACAUUUCAGGGAUGA